UGAGGUCUAACAGUUUGACGUUGAAGAAGUUAGGUGCGUUCGUGUCGAAAACGAAACCUAACCACGGUGGAGCCGACAUUAUUAACUGGGAAGGCUUCUGUAACACAAACCGUCAGCCCCCCCCCACGGUGUCCCUCAGGCAUGGCACUUCAAAUGUCAGCUCUAUUUUCACAUGUCAGAGCCCUUCCCUGCGCCACCGGCCUUCCGUCCCGUGUCCGUGCUGACUUCCAAAGAGCCGCUGUCAAGUUCGGACACAUUGUAGCUCCUGGAAGCUUCCAGCUGGGAGGGAAGCCAGCAACAAGUCCUGUCCGCGGCCAUAUUAACGCUGCUUUCCGAGCUGAGAAGUUUUCAACAACAGCAGCAGCACUUUGGAAGUCCAGUCAGGGGAGUGGUUCCUUCUUAACCCGGGGGAGGAGAGGCUGGUUGGGCAAAGUCGCCCUCGGUGCAGCCCUUGGAGUGAGCACAGUCGCGCUGGUCCGGUCUCUCCACACCGGGACCCUGGCCGCCAUGGCCUUCAAAGUUAACCUGAACUCUACUGGGGGAGACUGGAAGGAAACAAAGGACUUCUUACUGUCUCUGUCAGUGAAAGACAGGCGUCAGUACUACAAGGUGUCUGGAUUCGUGCCACUGGACAAAAUCCCGCCGUGGACUCCCACUGCAGGUGGUUCUGAGCCAAGCCGCUAUCAGAGGAAUGAAAAGUUGGACCGGAAAAUUUCCCUCUACAGAGGCGACAUCACUAAGCUGGAGAUUGAUGCUAUUGUUAAUGCAGCCAACAAGACUCUGCUCGGUGGAGGUGGAGUGGACGGAGCGAUCCACCACGCUGCAGGUCCAUUGCUAAAAAAGGAGUGCGCUUCCCUCCACGGGUGCGAGACUGGAGAGGCUAAGAUCACCUGCAGCUACGGCCUUCCAGCAAAGUAUGUGAUCCACACUGUGGGGCCAAUUGCACAAGGAGGAGUUGGAGAGGAAGAGAGGAAAGCUCUGAGGUUGUGCUACAAGAACAGCCUGAAAAAAGCCACUGAAAAUGCUGCACGUACUGUGGCUUUCCCUUGCAUCUCCACUGGAAUCUACGGAUAUCCACCUAAACAGGCUGUCCAUGAGGCGUUAGCAACUGUGAGGGAGUAUCUGGAUGAACAUCAUGACAAGCUGGACAGAGUCAUCUUCUGUGUGUUCUUGCCGAAGGAUGAGGAGCUGUAUCUGCAGAACCUCCCGCUCUACUUCCCUGCUGCUUGACCAGUGACAGCAGCUUAUUGUUCAGCUCCCACAGAAUCCACUGUCAAGAGUAAACUCUAAGAGAGUGGAUCUGUCAGAUUUUGUUGCUGUGGAUACACACCGCUAUGCUCAGCAUCCAGAUUCCUCCCACUCGCUGUCGACGCAGAUCAAGACCUUCUUCAGCUGGAAGAUAACUCCCAAAUGGAUGAUUGCUUCUUUUUUUUUUUUUUUUUUUUGAAGUGCACACUUGCCCUUCUGCAGAUGUUGAUUAGUUUCUCUUCUCACUAAUGGUUGAGAUUAAGAGAGGUGUCAAGAUGAAAGUGUGAAAUGAUGUUGAUAAUUUUCUUGAAAAAUGGACUGUGUGUACCUCAAGCUGCACUCUAACUUGACCUUUAUUGUCUGUGAUCCAGUGAUAGCUUUGCAUCAAGCUCACAAUCUCCUCUGAGUUAUGGUUCCUGUGUGCUUUGUGAGUAUUGGGAUUUCACUGGGUGUGCAUGCGUGUGAGACAAUGACAAAAGCUUAUUAAAACGAAUCACACGGGC